ACUCGUCCUACAGCCGCGGCCCGCGGCUCGCGCACUGCCUCCCGUUCCCAAUUCCCCUCUACGCUCCCGCCGCCCUAACUCGCCGCCUGGUUCCGUGCCUCGCCGUCGACUUUACUCGCCCCGCCCCUGCCCUGCGCCACCGCGCCCAGCCGGCAGCCCGCAGCCCGCAGCCGCCGAGACCGCACUCGGCAGUCGACGCCCGGCGUUGUGCAGCUGCAGAAGGCAAGCAGCGACCUGCCACGUUUGAGACAUGGCAGAUACCAAGCUGGGAGCGACCGCCAUGGCGCAGCGUCAGGAGGGUUCGGCGGAGGAGGGGGAGGAGCAUCGCCUGCGGGCGGCGCUGCGCCACCUGCAGGCGGAGGCUGGCGUGCUUGAGCGCCUCGUCUACAAGCACCGGAACCAGCACCGUGGCGCCGCCUACUUCCAGUACCUCCUCAAGGUGCGGAGGGACCUGAAGCUGCUUCUCAGUGCCAAUCUCGCGGAGGUCAUCAAUGCGGUGUUCCCGGUCAUCACCUGUCGUAAGCCGGCCAACACUAUUCUUGUUCCGAACAGGCAGGGUAAGAGGAAGCCUGGUGCAAACCAUAGCCACUAUAAGAGGCUUUUGGGGGUUGCCCGUUUGCUGUCCCAGAUGGCUGAACCUGUUAUGAAGGGAGCAGUUCAGAUCAGCUUUUUACUUGCUAGAUCUUUCUUCGUAGAACUUUGCACUGCAGUGCUUGCUUUGCUUGCAAGACUGAGGGUCCUGACCCAACAGAUGUUACUUGAUGUUGUAUCAAUAUACAACAAGGUUACUGAUCUUACGGAUAAAAAGCAGGCUGUUAAGAUCAGUAUUGAUAAAGUACAGGCUUUCAGAGAGUACUACCCCUCGAGCAAUGAUCCCAGUACUAUCCUGGAGUGUGUAUGGGUGAAAGAUAAAUUUGUUUUGCAUGAAAAGACCAAAGCUAGCAGUCAGAAAACCCAAGCUGAGGAUCUGAAGUCGUGCACUCCAGAUUCAUCAAUCCAGUAUGAGACCCUUGGACUUGUUAGUGAAGAGAUGGAAAACCUUGAUGGAGCAAACACCCCAGCGAAGCAACAACAUGUUUCUCUGGCUGACCAACCAGAUAAAGCUACCCAUUGCGGCGAUGCCGGAGAUUCUCAGAGUGGGAGGCAGCUACCAAAUGAUGAAAACACUCCGCGUUCUCUUCUUGGCACGCCUGCUGCUGCGCCGGCUCCACGCAGAGAUGUCGUCAAGCCUGAUACGAGGAAGAGAGUGGCAUUCAUCGCUGUGGGGAAAACAAAAGUCACCGUGACACCACCCGAAACAUCAUCCGUAGUUACCAAGAAGCAAAGGGUGGACACGAUUCGACAGACCACCAUAGAUCCUGCUUUGUAACUCUAUAUAAAAGAACAACCGGUAAUGAUGAAGCGAAUAAAGGGCUAUACAUAUGCACAUCUUAGUAGAUGAUCCAUGUGUUAUUGUUGA